AUGGGGAGAUGGUCCCUGGUGGAAGCCAGAAAGAAAGGAAAGGCUGCUGGAAAAAUUAGAGGAAAACCUCUUCCAUUACUUUCAUUUUUUGAGGCUAUAUUUAGCACAAGUCAUGCUUUCAGACGUCCUAUCAAUGCAGAUCUAACCCUGGAAGGAAUCAAAUGUGGAUUAUCUGAAAAACGGCUUGAUUUAGUUAUCAAUUGGGUUACCCAGGAAAAGCUGACAUUUUCUGACAAAGCUGGGGAUGUGAUUUGUGCUUAUGGGGAGCAGGAUACCUAUAACAAGGCCAAGUGUUUGGCGUUAGCUCAAAUUAUCUACAGUGAAUGUGAUCAGCACAAGAAAGCUCUUCUUUGCCUGUGUAAACAGGGUCAGAUUCAAGGGGCCAUGGAAUACAUACAACAAUUCAAGGACUUUACCUCUGACGACCUGAUGCAACUAAUAACAGCAUGUCCCCAAAUUGAAUUAAUUCAAUCUCUCACUCAAGAAAGGAAUGGGAAACCACCAUAUUUAUCUUUUGGGCUUACCGUACUACAUCUGUUCUCUACAGAUAUGAAAAAAGUUGGCAUUGAGCUAUUUCAAGAAUUAAACAAGGGUGGGAAAGAUGCAGUAGAACAUCUUGUGAUGAAUGACUCAUUUUGCUCCUUAGAAAAGUGGCAAGAAGUGGCAAAUAUAUGUUUACAGAAUGGCUUUGAAAAAAUAUCUAAUAACAUCCUGUCCAUUCUUCGAUCUCAGUCUGGAGUUGCAGAAUUUGAGGAUGAUACCAUCAACUUAAUGGAACAUGUUUUUUGGUAG